AGCUGGAGAGAGUCAGUGUGAAAGCGAAGGGGGCGGGGACAGACUUCACCUUGUCUUCACGGCUCCCAUACAGCACAGCUGUGUGUGCGGGCAUUCAGACACGCGCGUGGGUCUCUUCAUUUCUUUCUUUAAAUCAGGAAUCCGUACAGUGUCGAGGAAUGAUAUUUGCGUUUGAUGUGUAUUAGUCUCUAACGGACGCAUAUACUUAGAAAUCACCUCACAAGAGGGCAUCCGUUUAAUUUUUUUGCAAGAUAAUAAAAUAAAAUGGAUAGCUCAGACAAGGAGAACAGGUCGGAUGAAGAAUUUGAAUCACCUGAAGAAGAGGAGGUAGACCCGAGAAUUCAGGGAGAGCUGGAGAAGCUGAAUCAGUCCACAGAUGACAUCAAUAGAUGUGAAACUGAGCUUGAGGAUGCCAGGCAGAAGUUUCGUUCCGUGCUGGUGGAAGCCACAUUAAAGCUGGAUGAACUGGUGAAGAAGAUUGGGAAAGCGGUGGAGGAAUCGAAACCGUACUGGGAGGCCCGGCGGGUGGCACGGCAGGUGAGGCCAAGAAAAUCCAAACAAGAACCCAAUAUUAUCUUCCUAAAGCCAACUUCACCCACACAGCAUCUGUUUUUAGUUGGCACUCCACCAUUUUGUCUGCGGUGUGUUUUCUUUUAUCCCUCUCUGGAGACUCUUGUGCUAUCAGCUUGUUAUCUGCUAUGAGCUGGAUGGCACGGUAGCAUUAACUGUAGAUCUGUCACAGGUGGCUGGCUUCAUUCAACGAGGCAUAAAAGACUUUGCUGAGAGAGAGCAAAUGUUUAAAUGUUCAAAUCCUAGUUCCCUUUUCUCAAAGGCCUGUGCUAUUCUAAGAGAAGAUUAUCAGUUUAUCUCGGUUAGUGUGUUGCAGC